ACACGAGUUAUUAUUGGUCUCUCUAUUUCAUUUAUCUGUUUCAAAUAAAAUAACAUUUAUUUAAUUAAAAAUAGUUUAGUAUGAGAAAAAGGCAUAGAUCUGAAAAGGUCUUUCAGCUCCAGUCUGGGGCCUGCGCCCAACACGGACCCAAAGAGAAAAGGACCCCAAAAUCUUUGGAGGGAAAUCCAAUAAAAUUUCAAACCCAGAAAUCAGGUCCCUUUUAGAAGCAAAAUGAAAAAAAAAGAAAAGAAAAAGAAAGUAUAAAAAGAGAAAAAACAAAGAGAGAACAUCGUGGAGCAAACGUCGUGACGCAUAUUUCCUCCAUUCCAAACCCUUGGAGAGGAUUUCUCUUCAGUUUCAGAAAUUUAGGGUUUGGAAAUUCGGAAUAUGUCGGAGAGUAGCAGCCGGAGUGGCGGGCCGGACUUUCACCUCCCCGAUGAAAUACUUUCGGUCAUUCCGACAGACCCGUAUGACCAAUUGGAUGUAGCCCGGAAGAUCACCUCUAUGGCAAUCGCUUCUCGUGUUACAAAUCUGGAGUCUGAUAUGGGUAGGCUCCGUCAAAAGAUUCACGACAAGGAUCGCGUGAUCCUCGACCUCGAAGACAAGGUCUCUCAGCUCGAGCAGGCCUGUCGCGCUGCCGAAUUGCGAUUGAACACCACUCUCCAAGAUAAUGUAUUAAAAAAAAAUCUUUUCUUUUAUUCUCCUAGCUUUUGCUUUUCAUUUCCAUUUAAACGGGAAUUAUUAUUUUUUGUUUUUGCUUUUUUGGGAAUAAAAAAGGUGAAACUUUCCAAGGAGAGGGAUUCUUUGGCUUUGGCUGCAAAGAAGCUUGGUCGCGACUUAGCAAAGUUGGAGACCUUUAAAAGGCAAUUGGUGCAGUCUUUGAGUGAUGAUGACUCAUCUCAAGCUGAAACUGUUGAUAUUGGCACUUACGAUCAAUCUGUUCACAAGUCAUAUCCUGUAAUAGAGGAGGUGAAUGGCUACACAAUGCAUCAUUCUUUCAGUGGGUCUAUGGAUGGCAGAGGCAGUUACGAUGAUGCCUCAAAGCAAGCUGUGCAAAGAUUUUCCAUCCCUUACAUAACACCACGGCUUACUCCAACUGACACUCCAAAAACAACUUCUGCUAGUGUAUCCCCCAGAAGAUUUUCUGCUGCUGUAUCUCCUCAGAGGACGUCUGGCAGCAGCACUCCAACAAACCCUCAAUUUCAAGGCCGAGGUUCAAUGUCAUCGUUCUAUCCUUCGAGUCAACAGUCCUCAGCAGCUAACUCUCCUCCAAGGGCACGCGCAAAACCAGCUCAAACUCCUCGAGUUGAUGGGAAGGAGUUCUUCCGUCAAGCCAGGAGUCGUCUGUCUUAUGAGCAGUUCAGUGCAUUUCUAGCUAACAUAAAGGAAUUAAAUGCUCAAAAGCAAUCUCGCGAGGAAACUUUGAAAAAAGCAGAAGAGAUUUUCGGGACAGAUAACAAAGAUCUCUAUCUAUCAUUCCAAGGGAUGCUUAACCGCGGAGUUCACUGAAAGUACGUAAAAUCUGGGGUAUAUAUGAUUUCCCAUAUUAUGGUAGCUCAAACAUUUAAUUAACAGAAGUCCUAGCUUAGUGGCUGUUGUUUUGCGUGUGUCUAAAGUUGACCGAUGGGCAUGUGGAACUCGUGGAGCUGUGCUCCAACUUGAGGUACAGAUCGGCAAUCAUCAACUGAGAAAUCUUUCGAGCGUUAAACCUUCUGGAAGCGCAAAGAAUUCGGAUUGUUGUAGAUUAUGCUAGACUAUGAGCCAAUGCUCUCAAGUUUGACUUUUCACUAGCUCAUGGGUGCAUGCUGUAAAUUAUUCCCUUUUUUGUUUUUCUCCUCCACUUUAGUUUUUCAUUUUAGAUUUUUACCAUCACAGUGUGGUGAGAGGAGCGAGUGGUGCCAGCAGAUGGUUGAAUCAAUUUUGAGGUGGGUUUCCUUCCGUUGAUCCUCUUUCUUUCAUUUGCACAUGGAUAGAAGAAACGUAUCUGCAGUAUUGACACAACUGAUAUCAUGCGGUCAUUAAUAUGUAAAUUGAAGGACUAUUGAUUUUUAGCAUCCAGAACUAGCAGUGAAAACUUUGAUGUUGUAGUUGUAUAUCUACUCUAAGAAUUUAAUUCAACACAGUCUGUUUGGAAGUAUGUAAUUGAAUUGCAGGAAUGUAUGGUCAUAUCUCUGAACCUUGUAUCGCACAUUGGUAUUUCUUAAAUUUGUUUUUUCU